UUAUUCUCCUUACUACAAAAUCUACGAGUCUUCUUAUUUUUUCAUCCUUUUGUAUCAUGGACUCAAGAUACUUAAACUGUGUGACUUCAAGGAUAAUAUGGUCUGCAAAUUUCACCUCUAAGUUAGAAACACUUCUUCUUUUGUUGAACUUACAUUCCAUAUACUCCGUCUUACUUCUACUUAGGCGAAAAACAUGUGUUUCUAAAGUCCGUCUCCAAGUUUUCAACAUCUCAUUUAACUCCUCUUUCGACUCUCCAAAAAGGACUAUAUCAUCUGCAAAAAGCAUGCAUGUUGGUGCUAGCUCUUGAAUGUGUUCCGUGAGUACAUCCAAAAUUAAGGUAAAAAGAUAGGGGAUUAAGUUUGACCCUUGAUGCAAACCAAUUUUAACGGGAAAAUCGUUUGUCUCUCCACCUUGUGUUUGAACACUAAUCGAUACCCCUUCAUACAUAUCUUGGAUCGUUCGAAUAUAUGCAAAUUUAACUCAUUUCUUCUCUAGGGAUUUCCACAAAAUAUCUCUAAGCACUGUAUCAUAAGCCUUAUCCAAGUCAAAUAAAAUUAAAAGCGGGUCUUGUUGGUCUAUCUGAUACUGCUCCAACACACGCCGUAAUAGAUAAAUCACUUUCAUGGUCGACCUUCCCGGCAUUAAACCAAACUGAUUCUCUGUGACUUGACUCUCUUUUCUUAAUCUCCGUUCAAUCACUCUUUUCCAUAACUUUAUGGUAUGACUCAUAAGCUUAAUCUCCCUAUAAUUUGCACAAUUUUGUAUAUCCUCGUUGUUCUUAUAGAUUAAAACUAAAGUGUUUCUUCUCCAUUCAUCCGACAUGCGUUUUGACCUCAUAAUUUUCUUAAAGAGUUUAGUGAAUCACUCAAUACCUCUAUCUCCAAGAAUUUUCCACACUUCAAUAGGUAUGUUGUUUGGCCCAAUCACCUUACUUCUACUUAUUCUUUUCAACACUUCCUUUACCUCAUAUUUCGGAAUCCAACGAUAGUAAUUAUAGUUUCGAUCCUCUUCUCUAAUGUUGAGUCUGCUAGAGUCUGGUGAGAUAUAAUAUUCUUCAUUAAAUAAGUUAUAAAAAUACGUCUUCCAUAUAUCUUUUAUAUCUUUUCCAUGAACUAAUAUUUUGCCUUCUUCAUUCUUAACACACUUCACUCGAUUCAAAUCUCUAGUCUUUCUUUCUUUUCCCUUAGCAAGCAUAUAUAUAGAUUUUUCUACCUCAUUGAUUCUUAGAGAUUGGUAUAGUCCAUCAAAAGCUUGGGUUCUUGCUUCACUCACCGCCUUCUUGGUCUCAUUCUUAGCUUUCCUGUAUUUUUCCCAAGUUUCGGAAUUUUACACGUAGACCUGCCUUUAAAACAAUUAUUUUUUACUUUAUUUUUACUUUGGACACUCUCAUUCCAUCACCAUGAUUCUUUACCCCUAGGUCCAAAAUCUCUUGAUUCACCCAACAUCUCUUUAGCCACUUUUCUAAUCUCUUGAGUCAUCUUGUUCCACAUAUCAUUUGCAUUUCCUUGUGGUUGUCCAAACCCUUCCUCCAAGAUCUUGUGUUGGAAAAUUCCUUGUUUUCACCCAUCAAAUGUCACCACAUAAUCAGUGACGCUACCAUAUGACUUCUUCUCUUUUCUCUCCCUUUAAUUCUUACAUCCAUCCCCUUCUAGGAAAAGUUUCCCUCCUUAUGGUAUAUCCUGAAGUAAGCCUUCUAAAUUCUUUCAAAAUUUUACCAUAAGGUGUUAUGUUAUAACCCAACUUGAGGUGCCAUGCACUAAUAACAUUAAAGGUGUUUUGUUCCACUAUAAAUUUCAAGGCUAUCAUUCGAUAUUCUACUCUUUUCACAUCUUCAAACUUAAAAAAAAAUAACUUAAAAAUCAGUCUAAAAAAUAUUAAAAGCUGUGUAUACAUUAUGUUUAAAAUCUAAUUUAUAUGCAUCAUUGAGUUAAAAUGUUUUAUGUGGUUAAUCAAUUAUAAUUAUUAAAUUAUUAAAAUAUUUAAUUUUAAUUUUAAUUAUAUCUACCAUGUCACAUCAUGUACAAACACGUGUAUAAUGAAUAUAACUUUUGUAAGUAUUUUUUAUCCUGUGUAGUCGGUUUUUUUUUUGGGUUUAGGCCCUCCAUUUUAUUAAAAAAAAAAAAAGUUUUUCUUUUAAGAAAAAGUCAAAUACUCAUUAACCAUAGCUUUAUAUUUGAUCCUCAAUUAUGGAAAGAAUGUUAAGAUUUGGCAUAAAUCAGAACACAGAUUUGAUAUUUAACUCAUUACAAAGAACAAUACCACUUGUUUUCUGCCUAACAAAAAAGUGGAAUACCAUUGUCCCUUUCUCAAGAGUUUCUCUCAGAUUCAUCAAUAAUAUUAUCAAAUGAUUCACUUUGUGCUUCUGAUUAGUCGACAAGGUAAAGUGAGGCUCACAAAAUGGUAUUCACCAUAUUCUCAAAAGGAAAGAUCCAAGGUACUUAGAGAGUUAAGUGGCCUAGUUAUCUCUCGAGGCCCAAAGCUAUGCAACUUUGUGGAGUGGAGGGGACUCAAAGUUGUUUAUAAAAGAUAUGCUAGUCUUUACUUUUGCAUAUGCAACGAUCAAGAAGACAAUGAAUUGGAGACACUUUCCAUCAUUCAUCACUAUGUUGAGACAUUGGAUCGCUAUUUUGGCAGUGUUUGUGAGCUAGAUUUAAUCUUUAACUUCCAUAAGGCAUAUUUUAUAUUGGAUGAAGUUUUGUUGGCUGGAAUGAUGCAAGAGACUAGCAAGAGAACAACUCUUAGACUCAUAGCUGCACAGGAGGAGUUAGUGGAAGCUGCAAAAGAGGAGGCUAGUUCAUUGAGUAAUAUAAUUGCACAAGCCACUAAAUAAGAGCUUUGUUGAGGAGUGAAUUUUAUUGCAAAUAAACAUGGAAAAUGGCUCCCUCCUUAUUUUGUCAAAUUAUAGAACUUGUGUGUCAAAACAAACCCAAAUUCUUACCACUUUUGAUAUUAUUUUUAUUUUUAAUAAUGACUUUUUGUAAUAUAUUUAUUAUUUUCUCCUUUAUUUUAUUUUUUUCUAUUUUAGUGAAA